AUGGCAUUCUUAUUUAAACAUAAAGAACUUGAAAUAUCAAUUUGUUUAAAUGGCACAAAAGAUGAAAUUGUUAUACCAGCGGAUCAAUUAUUAGGUUUUAAAAUUAUCAAUAAUCUUAAUAAUUUUAAUAAUGAUCUUAACGAAAACCACAAAAAUAAAAAUAAAAGUAAAAAUGUCAUUUAUAAUAUAUUGUUAAAAUUUAAACCAAAUUUUAAAAGAAUGUAUCAAUAUCACCUUGGGGGAUUUCCUUAUCUUCUUGAUCCUACAGUAACCGACGAUGAUCCUACAAAUGGAAAAUUAGAUCAAUCAUCUUUUGUAAAUCUUGUAACAACCAAUCAAAAUACAAACGAAUUAUCUUUAAAACUCAUUGAAUCAGCAAUUGAUACAUCAUGGUUUCAAAAAUAUCAACUAGAAAAUGAAAGUAUCAUUGAAGACGAUAAUCAAAAUAUAUAUAUAACUUGUGUAUUUCCAACUGAACGUCGUGCAAUAUCUUUUCCAAUCGACGCAUCAUUCAAUCAAUUAUUAAAAAAACUUGAACAAAGAUUUGGAACGAAAAUUUUUAAAUAUAUUUAUUAUAAAAAUUGUAAUAAUGAUAUGAUAAUGUUGAGCGAUGAAGCCCAUUGGAAAUUGGCUAAAAACGAACUUAUCGGUGGUAAUGAUUUAAAGAGUAUUUAA